AAAUCCCCCUCGGACCCUCUUGAAUCCCAGUGCUCCGUUUAGCCUAAAUAUCCCAGCUACUUUCCGUCGACUCAGCAUUCGGCAAAGGCAUACGCAAUCUUUAGAUUCUAUAUCACCUUGUGUCUAGGUAUAUAAGUCGCAGGACUUAGCCCGAAGAUGGAACUGCAAAACAUCGUCUCCCAUGCUCAAAAUAUCUAUUGUCUCGCUCGUCGUCAGCUUCGGUUUCAUAUGCUCUGCAUACUCAAAGACCGUUGUUGAUCUUGGUUAUGCCAAAUACGAACCGGCGUUCGACUCUACCUCGAACCUUACAACUUUCCUGGGGAUUCGCUACGCUGCUCCCCCAGUCGGUGAUUUGAGAUGGAAUGCGCCCGUUGCCCCUGCGAAGGCGAAUGGAACUCAGAAGGCAAUCAACGCUCCUCCGCAGUGUUACCAGGGACCCUUCGCUGGUCAAGCUUCUACGAGUCUGUCUGCUCGGACGAACGACUACGCCGGGCAGUCUGAGGAUUGCCUCUUUCUCAGCGUUUACACGCCGGAUCUUCGACCACAGCGCCUUCUCCCGACCAUCGUUUGGAUCCACGGAGGAGGGUAUUCGUGGGGCAAUGAAAGCACGUACAACGGUGCUGACCUGGUGAACGAAUCGGGAAGCAAAUUUGUUGUCGUUACCAUCCAAUACCGGCUAGGGCUCUUUGGAUUCCUCGCUGGGGAACAGGUCAAAAAGAGUGGGGUGCUGAAUGCGGGACUUCUCGACCAACAAUUCGCUUUGCACUGGGUCCAAGAUCAUAUCCACAAAUUCGGCGGUGAUCCAGCUCACGUUGUGAUUUGGGGACAAUCGGCUGGAGCGGGUUCGGUCAUUCAGCAUGUCGUGGCCAAUGGUGGAAAGACGGAGCCCAAACUCUUCAAGACCGGGAUCACCAGCUCGCUCUUUCUUCCCCCUCAAUACGGAUAUGGGGAUGUCAUUCCCCAGAGCUUGUUUGAUUCAGUGGCCGGCCAAGCAGGGUGUGCUUCGGGAGAUCAGCUCGACUGCCUGCGACGAACGGAUGGCGAGGUCUUGCAAGGGAUCAACAUAGACCUGGCUUCGGCUGCUUUUGAAGGCACUUUCACAUUUCUUCCCGUUGUCGACGGAUCUCUCAUCACGAAGAGCCCCGCCGAUGCUCUUGAACAGGGCGAAACAAACGGAGAUGAAUUGCUCGUCAUUACAAACAGCCUCGAAGCUGCUGUGUUCGUCGACCAGACCGUUGGGUAUAACAUCACACAAUUCACAAGAAAUAUGCUCCCGCUUUUGGACGAGACGCAAGCAGAAUCCGUUGCUGCCAUCUACCAUUCCGUGGGCAGCACAACAGAACAAGCCACCGCCAUCAUGACCGAAGGCCCAUCUUCGUCUGCCCAUCCUAUCUCGCUGUCGAUGCUUUCCCCGGCAACGCUUGGAAGGUCGGGAGAAUACGCAGUCCCUCCUGCCGUGCACGGUGAAGAUAUAUUCUACUAUUUCCAGUCAAUCAGCUUCGCAGGCUUCGCGCUCGCAUACAACAACACUGACUUCAUCACUGCGUUUCAACAAGUAUUCUUCUCGUUCGCCGCCAAUGGCGACCCGAGCCUGAAGUUGCAGCCCAGCAUUGCUCCCUAUUGGCCUCGGUGGUCAGAUGGCGGGAACCAGAUGGUGUUCAAUCGCACAGCUCAAGCAGUGCCUCAGCUGACAACUGCCGCCCCGCCUGCAGACCUGAUGCGCAGAUGCGCGCUCUGGAAAGAAUUGCGGAGCGCUCUAGAAUACCAUCUUCGUUCCACCGAGACAGAGUCUCGGAGUAUGAGAAGAGAUGUCAGGGUUUUGCUCGUUGGCGACGAGGGUGUCGGGAAAAGCACACUGGUCACCACUUUGAUCAAGGAGUCCUACGUCGCCCAUGUUCAGCAUAUCGUUCCCGAAGUGACCAUCCCGCCCGAGGUCACCCCGGAGAAUGUGACGACGUAUAUCGUGGACUCGGGAGCGGGCCCCCAGGACCGGCCUCACCUUGAGAGCGAGAUUCGCAAGGCACAUGUCAUCUGCGUGGUGUACUCGAUAGACAACGCCAAUUCGUUCGACCGGAUCCCUACAUUCUGGCUCCCCCAUUUCCGGCAAUUGGGUGUCAACGUACCUGUCAUUCUCGUGGGCAACAAGAUCGACCUGCGCGGAGAUGACCCCGCAAAUGAGACGCUGGCUGAGGAGAUCUUGCCUAUCAUGAAUGAGUUCAAGGAAGUCGAGACGUGCAUAGAGUGCUCCGCGAAACAACCCGUGAAUGUGUCAGAGGUCUUCUACUUUGCCCAGAAAGCAGUUCUGCAUCCGACAGCUCCGUUAUACGACUCCCGCGACCAUGUCUUGAAACCUGCAUGUGUCAGCGCGUUGCAGCGUAUUUUCAAGCUCUGCGACCUGAAUAAAGAUGGGAUUCUGGAUGCUGCGGAGUUGAACGAUUUCCAGCGUAAAUGCUUCGAUGCGCCGCUUCAAGUCCAAGAGUUGGAAGGGAUUCGGCAAAUGGUUUCUGCACAUACCGAAGGCGGCGUCAAGGACGGAGGUCUGACUGAACGGGGCUUCCUCUACCUACAUACGACCUUCAUCCAACGAGGGAGACUCGAAACGACAUGGACGGUUUUACGCAAGUUUGGUUACGCUGAAGACUUGAAACUUACGGAAGGAUUCCUGCUACCCAAAUUCGAUGUUCUACCGGACUGCUCGGUUGAACUGAGUCCCCUGGGUUAUCAAUUCUUCACUGAUCUGUUCGAAACUUUCGACAAGGACCAAGAUGGGGCGCUGAAGACACACGAGCUGGAUGAGGUCUUCAGCACGUCUCCUGGCAAUCCUUGGGCCACCCAGAAAUUCCCAGACACCACCCUUUCUGAUGAUUCGGGAGCCGUGACUCUGCAAGGAUGGCUUGCCCAGUGGAGUAUGACGACUUUGUUGGACCAUAAGACGACGCUGGCUUACUUGGCUUACUUGGGCUAUCCCAACGAACCACGAACUGGCGCACUUCAGGUUACACGCCCACGGAAGACGGAUCGGAGGAAAGGCAAAGUCACGCGGAAUGUGUUUUUAUGCUAUCUCUGCGGAGCUGCUGGGUCUGGAAAAACAUCUCUUCUGCGCGCGUUUGCUGGAAAACCUAUAUCGUCUGUCUACGAGCCUACGACAAAGGUUGUGAGCGUGGUCAAUUCUGUGGCAAUCGACGGAUCGGAGAAAUAUUUGGUGCUGCAAGAAUUCGGUUCCAAGUACGAGGCAGAGAUGCUGCGGAACUCCAAAAAGCUGGAUUUGGCGGAUGUCAUCGUCCAUGUCUAUGAUUCGGGAGAUACCAACUCCUUCUCUUACAUCAGUAAUCUUCGGGCAAGUCGUCACCGUUUAGAUAAUAUCCCCACUCUCUUCGUCGCCACCAAGUCGGACCUCGAUCUGGCCCAGCAACGACACGAAGUUCAACCCGAUGUCUAUUGUCGACGGCUCGGCCUGCAAGUUCCUGUCGCCGUAAGCGUGAGAACGGGUCAAACAGCAGAUGUCUUCCACGAAAUCUGCGCAAUAGCGUUGAAUCCACAUGGUGCUAUCCCUGGUGGGCUGGAUCGCGCCCGAAGUGCUACGGCCCGGCUGAGGAUGUACAUGGCUCUGACCGCGCUGUUCGGUGGCUGCACUGCAGGUUUGUUUAUGCUUUAUCGGACUCUUCGGCCUGGUCGUGGUGCGUUUCCCGGGCUUGACAUACAUAGUUGGAUAGCAUGGAUUGUUAGUGGCGGGAAAAGAGACUUGUGAUUGCAGGCGAUAUCAGAUGACGCAAGUGCCAAAUGGGGUAAAGGGCGUGCGGAGAACUCGUUUCUGCACAGACCACCAAGUCAUUUGAGAAGCUCAGCCAGAGCCUCCAUCGUUAAUCUUCGUCUGAUCCUUCUCCAAACUCAGUUCCAUCGAUCCGCUCUUACCCUCAACCACAUUGCAAGCAUGGAUGCCGACAUGGAUUUCGACGGCCCAUCUGCGCCCUCUGACGCUCCACCACCCCAGGCAUACUCGAAUCCGAUGGGGCCGAUGGAUGGCGGACGCAAAAUGCUUGACCUUGUCUUCAUACAAGAUUGCACCGGCAGCCAGGGUAGCUAUAUAUCCUCCGCAACGAAGAAUAUCGAGCAGAUAUGCGCGCACAUCUUUGAGUCCGGAAAACUGCAAGCGACGGAGGAUCUGCGCGUUGGGCUGGUCGCAUUUCGGGACCACCCCCCGCAAGAUCACACGUACAUCACGAAGAACUUCGGCUUCUCGUCGGACAGCAGCAAAGUGCAGAAGGACCUAUCUGGUUUGUAUGCGUCUGGCGGGGGAGAUGGUCCGGAGGCUGUGACGGCUGCGAUGCAUGAAGCCCUGAAUAUGGAAUGGAGAGAUGACGCUAGCAAGAUGAUCGUGCUCAUUGCCGAUGCACCCCCGCAUGGGAUCGGUGAAUACGGGGAUGGUUUCGAUGAAGGCUCGCCUGAUAACAACGAUCCGCUGCAGCUCGCUCGAGUCAUGGCCAGCCGGGGCAUCACUUUGUUCUUCGUGGCCUGUGAACCUGCCUUGAGCGGGUAUUCGUACGCUACUGAUUUCUAUCGAGCCAUCACUAAUAUCACGUCUGGUCUCAUGCUCCCUCUCACAACCGCUGACCUGCUGGCCCAUGCCAUCGUUGGGAGCGUCUUGGAGAAUCUGGACAUGGACCGACUGGUGCGCGAAGUUGGCAAUGCGGUCGCACAACGGAUUCUCGGGAACAACGAAAGUGUGGAUGAUGUUGCCCGCGAACUGCACGAAAAGCUACUUCUGCGAAACGAGAGCACGAAGAAGGUGGUCAUCGAGAGCAUCUACAAGGAUUCAGAAGAGUCCAAGCAUAACGUGCAAGUGUACAUGCAUGCGCCGUCGCUAGCGGAGGCGAGGCCUCAGUUGAAACGGGUCAACGGAACUCGUUUCACGGAUAAGUAUCUCGAGUCUCGGUCGACGGCGCGGACAUCCUAUGGGACAAGCCACUCGUAUCCAUUUGCGCCAGCGACACCUCCUCGGUCGCCGAUCAAGGCAGCACCCUCUUCAUCGCCCAAACUUGCAACUGGCUCGCCGCCCCGCAAGGUCGUCACCGACUUUGCCGCAUUCGGAGCCCCGGCCAAUGCCAGUGUGUUUGGCACGGCAGUAGCGUCAACACCGUUCUCCCUUGCUGGUGGUAAGGCAGCGUUUGGGGGGAUACGGGCAGGAGGUGUCCGGGGUGGUAUGAUCGACGAGGACGAGGACGACGAGGAUCACGGGCGACAGAAAGUCGAGUUGCGAGAAGACUCGAUAUCCUUGGACCAGGCCCGCCGCAUUGCCAUGCAAAGCGCCUGGAGAAGUGCCAGGGUGUAGGAGAAUCAUCUAUCAUUUCCGGUCUUGUUUUUGUUCAUCCAAUAUGUAUAUUCAGAAUACCUGCAUGUCAACCGUUUAUGAGAGUACCUAGUACCAGCAUACACCAACACUUGUUCUAGUGUAAAAAACGUAUACCUUGAAUAUUGCUCAAACCGCUCAGUCAUGUCCGUCGUCUGCGCCUCUCCUCUUUCUUGUCUGGGACGACAGUUUGCUGUGCUCCGAUGUCUUCUCGUUUUCGCUUGCGUGGUACUCGCUCUGCAUCCUGCUUCGACGACUCUGCACCAGAUGAAGAACGCUCUCGUUUCCUCUCCUGCUUCUCUGCAACGUUGACAUCCUCUGUCGACCGGCCUGCGUUCGUGAUUCCGGCUCCCUCGUCCUCCUUCCUCCUACGCGAUUCUUUCUUCUCCUUCUUCAAUCGGCGCAGCUCCUUCCUUUCCUUCUUCUGCCUCCUCAGCUCCUUCCUUUCCCGUUUUUCCUGCCGCAGCCGCUUCCGCUCACGCUUGUCCGAGUCGUCCUUCGCAUCCGCGUCGGACAACGUCGAUUUCCGUCUGCGCUUCUUGCUCGGCCGCGCGUCGCUGGGUUCCGCGACCGGCGCGGCGGGCUGCUGGGCAGGAUCGUCGGAGUCCGGGGCUACGACGGGCCCGCGGAAGAACCUGGAGUACAGCCCGCGCUUGGCGGCAUCGCGCUUGGCUUGGGCCAGCAGGCUCAGGCGCGCGUGAGCCGAGUCGACAUCGGGUGUGGAGGUUCCGGAGGUGUCUGCGCUCGUGCCGACGAUCGGUCGGCGGUUCGAGAGGAUCCCGGUGCUCGUGCGCUUUAGAUCGGCAUUGGGGGUGUCGUCGAGGUCGGAAUCGUUCGUAUC